AUGCUGAAACAAAUUUUAAUGAUGAAGGAGGAAGGCGGAGAAGCUGCGGAGCAGCAGCCAUUUUUAAAAAAGCACACCAACAACAAAAACCACACCAACAACAAAAACACCACCAUCCACACUUCUUCUUCUCUCCUCUUGUUGCUCCUGCUAUUGUUGCUUCUGUUGUUAUUCAGCUAUCACACCAUCUCUACCACUACUAUCAGACUGAUAGAACAAGUACUGAAAUCCUGUAUCAUGGCUGAAGGUGACACUAACCCCAUGGGGGACGAUGCCUUAGCAGAAAUGCAAAUAGAUGAAGUGCGGGCCCGGACAAUUGUGGACCUUUUUGGCGUUGGGAAAUCUCUGAAGAGCAGCUUGUCGAGUGUGUGA